AUGGAGGCUAGUAGGCGUUUGGCAGCUCUCCUGCAUACCCGCACAGUGCUCGGGAAACACUUCUGGACGCACAACUUCUCCGUCUCCCUACUUUUGGAUGAGCUGGGCAAUGUGCCACGAGUCACGGGGUUGAUUUUCUGCAAAGUUCGCUUGCUUGAUGGCUCCUUUACUGAGGAAUCUCCAAGGUGAGCAUGGAGGGGGGGUACAGCAGAAAUAUGGUGUUGUCACCAACUCGAGAGCAAGGGAGCUUGUAGUUAAAUCUCAAGUCUUUCCUCGAUUCCUCACGUUCUCUCGUCUCCUGAAAAUGGAAGCAAGGACAGCAUUAGAGUCAAACAUCCAGCAUUUGAAGAAAGACUUAAGAUUCACCCACAGUUACAGAAAUACUAUUUCAAGGUGUGUUUGUGUGUAACCCACAGACUGGAAGUUCUGCACAACUCAGUGCAAUGGGGAAAGAUGUUUGAAUUUGAGUGCAGAAUUGCAGUCAACAGCUUGUCUGGAGUCUUGGAUGACUGCAUGUGUAGACUGUCAGUUCGCAAGGUUAGUUAACUUAUCAUAAAUAAGAGGCUCUCCCUGGAAAACAGUGUAUGUGUCCCCCAAAUGGCACCCUAUUCCCUAUAUAGUGCACUACAUGGGGAAUAGUGUGCCAUUUAGGAUGCAUAAUGGCAAUUGUUACGAAGUGGAGUAAAAUUAGAUAAAAUCUCCCAUCUAGGUAAAACAGCAUACAGUGAGGGAAAAAAGUAUUUGAUCCCCUGCUGAUUUUGUACGUUUGCCCACUGACAAAGAAAUGAUCAGUCUAUAAUUUUAAUGGUAGGUUUAUUUGAACAGUGAGAGACAGAAUAACAACAACAAAAUCCAGAAAAACGCAUGUCAAAAAUGUUAUGAAUUGAUUUGCAUUUUAAUGAGGGAAAUAAGUAUUUGACCCCCUAUCAAUCAGAAAGAUUUCUGGCUCCCAGGUGUCUUUUAUACAGGUAACGAGCUGAGAUUAGGAGCACACUCUUAAAGGGAGUGCUCCUAAUCUCAGCUUGUUACCUGUAUAAAAGACACCUGUCCACAGAAGCAAUCAAUCAAUCAGAUUCCAAACUCUCCACCAUGGCCAAGACCAAAGAGCUCUCCAAGGAUGUCAGGGACAAGAUUGUAGACCUACACAAGGCUGGAAUGGGCUACAAGACCAUCGCCAAGCAGCUUGGUGAGAAGGUGACAACAGUUGGUGCGAUUAUUUGCAAAUGGAAGAAACACAAUAGUACUGUCAGUCUCCCUCGUCCUGGGGCUCCAUGCAAGAUCUCACCUCGUGGAGUUGCAAUGAUCAUGAGAAUGGUGAGGAAUCAGCCCAGAACUACACGGGAGGAUCUUGUUAAUGAUCUCAAGGCAGCUGGGACCAUAGUCACCAAGAAAACAAUUGGUAACACACUACGCUGUGAAGGACUGAAAUCCUGCAGCACCCACAAGGUCCCCCUGCUCAAGAAAGCACAUAUACAGGCCCGUCUGAAGUUUGCCAAUGAACAUCUGAACGGUUCAGAGGAGAACUGGGUGAAAGUGUUGCGGUCAGAUGAGACCAAAAUCGAGCUCUUUGGCAUCAACUCAACUCGCCGUGUUUGGAGGAGGAGGAAUGCUGCCUAUGACCCCAAGAACACCAUCCCCACCGUCAAACAUGGAGGUGGAAACAUUAUACUUUGGGGAUGUUUUUCUGCUAAGGGGACAGGACAACUUCACCGCAUCAAAGAGACGAUGGACGGGGCCAUGUACCGUUAAAUCUUGGGUGAGAACCUCCUUCCCUAAACCAGGGCAUUGAAAAUGGGUCGUGGAUGGGUAUUCCAGCAUGACAAUGACCCAAAACACACGGCCAAGGCAACAAAGGAGUGGCCCAAGAAGAAGCACAUUAAGGUCCUGGAGUGGCCUAGCCAGUCUACAGACCUUAAUCCCAUAGAAAAUCUGUGGAGGGAGCUGAAGGUUCGAGUUGCCAAACGUCAGCCUCGAAACCUUAAUGACUUGGAGAAGAUCUGCAAAGAGGAGUGGGACAAAAUCCCUCCUGAGAUGUGAAAACGUGGUGGCCAACUACAAGAAACGUCUGACCUCUGUGAUUGCCAACAUGGGUUUUGCCACCAAGUACUAAGUCAUGUUUUGCAGAGGGGUCAAAUACUUAUUUCCCUCAUUAAAAUGCAAAUCAAUUUACAACAUUUUUGACAUGCGUUUUUCUGGAUAUGUUUGUUGUUAUUCUGUCUCUCACUGUUCAAAUAAACCUACCAUUAAAAUUAUAGACUGAUCAUGUCUUUGUCAGUGGGCAAACGUACAAAAUCAGCAGGGGAUCAAAUACUUUUUUCCCUCACUGUACAUAAAAUGAGACGUUCCAGUUCAGAAUCUUAUUCAAAUGUGCUGAAGGAAAGAUAAAUUAUGAAAAAGAUGAAACAACCUGUUCUUCUCUUCAUUCAGGACACAAAGGGAGGAAAGUCAUACCAAAAGGUACGUUUGAGAGGAGAAUGACCACUGUUCCACAUGUUCAUGGGCAAGCUCCCAACAUACAGCAUAGUAGGGGCUUGCUUACACUUAUCCAGACCCUUUAGAUGGGCAGAUAUGGAAGGUAUAGAUGCAUGAGGGUUGUUUUUUCCGUAGUGCAUCAGUUUUUCUCACACCUUCAGUCAUAAUAUCGCCCCAAUUUCCAUGUUAUUUGUAUUAGGUGGGUUAUGCCGACCUCAACCUGUCUGAGUAUGCAGGCUCUGGGUAUGUGACCCGACACUGCCUCCUAGAGGGAUAUAUGAACAAGGACAACAAGCUGGACAACUCCCUUCUCAAGGUAAGUCAAUUAUUUAGGUCCAAAUGGGACCCUACUCCCUUUAUAGUGCACUCCUUUUGACCAGAGCCCCAUAGUUCCUGGUCAAAAGUAGUGCACUAUAAAGGUGAAUAGGAAAAGUAGACAGUCCUUAGACAGCACUGCUUAAGUCAUAGUGAAAGAAAAAAAGUGUGUGCUCUUAGAGAAAUUGAAGUUUGCAGUUGAUAAGUACAUUUUGUGAAAACAAAGUCUUGCAACAAAACCAAUCCUGUAUAACAUAUUUGUAACUUAUUGGUUACCUGUACAGGUGGGCCUACAGAUGCAGCUGCUUCAGGGAGACCCAUGUUUCAGAGUGUGAGGAUAUUAUUAAUUGCAUUGAUCAACUAUUAUUCACUAAUACGGUAUUAUGGAUGUUAUUGUACAUAAACUACCAAUAUUCAACCAUCUUUUCAUUUAUAUUAAUUUCCCAACUUUGAUUACAAUAUGCUGCCGAUUAUAGUCUUUGUCAUUCUCCUGUUUGUGCUCUCCUCAGUCCUACCCACCAUUCACUUCCAAACGGAACUUUGUCAUCUGAGAAUGUUGAGCAGCCCAGAGAAAGCACAUCCAGUCACUCUGAGCCUGGUAUGUGUAACCAGCCAGGGUUUGGACCCGUGCUACAAGACUGUGUUAAGCUGCUGAGCUAAAGCCUAGGCAUUAGCUCGGGAAGCUAACACAAAUCUGUAGGUCUUAGACUUGUGUGGUUAACCUAACGACCUCUGUUUAAUAUGCUUGUACUUAUCAGGCAAACACACCAACUCACAGAGAUGCACCAAUUAACUAUCCUCAUCAAACUGCAACCACCAAAGAUCAUUUGGCAUUUGAAGUAAACCCCACAAUGUAUUUCACUCAGGUUAAAAUCAAAUCAAAUGUUAUUGGUCACAUAUAUACGUGUUUAGCAGAUGUUAUUGCGGGUGUAUCUCUGUAAGUCGCUCUGGAUAAGAGCGUCUGCUAAAUGACGUAAAUGUAAAUGUAAAUGUAGCGAAAUGCUCAUCAGAGGACACCCUGAGAAGGCAGCUGGCGAUGAAGGGUGGGCUGCUGCUGGAUUCCAUGCCCAGUCAGAACCCGGAGGCGCAGGAGAGGGCCAGAGUUGCCGGUCAGUUGACUCGGGUCGGGAACACACGGGUGGAUGCCAAGGAUGUGGUUGAAAAUCUCUGUCUGGAGAGCUUGGGCUCAGUAUUUGAGCUCCCUGCUCCCAUGGAAGGUACUUUGAACUUGAUGCUGGUUUCAAGAACACAGAUUAGUAAAAGCAUGGCAUACUACUCAAUAGAGAAUGCUAAUGCUUAGUAUCUAUAUCUAUUACAGAAGCUGGACUUGCACUCUUUGUUGGUCAGGAUGGCACCACAACCCUUGGUGUCAGUCACAUACAGAACCGGUAGCCUAUUGGAGAUGGAUCUCAACUGAUCGUUGAAAUGUCAUAUGUUGAUUCUAAUGUAAUGAGAUUACGAUUCUUAAUUGGAUUUGUAGUGAUGCCCCACUCUGUCUCAACAGGGACUCCCAUGCUGGAAGUUUAGAGAAUGUCAUCAUAAUGAAAUAAAGAUGUUGAAAUAAAGAUGUUUCACACCCAAACAACAAGAAAAUCGUAUUUUCUUUGCGCCUACCCUAUAUCAGAGACCUACUGUAGAUGACAAUGUUUUAAUGAAAAUUAACUAAUGAAGAAUAUGAAUAACACUUUAGUCAAAUUGGAAUUCUAAUUUACUUAUUUAUUUUGAGUGCAUUUUAAUGUACUUCUAACACUUUUCUAUCUUUGAAAAACGAAGCGGACAUGACGUAGGUGUUAUGAUGAUGUUAGCCAGUUAAAAUGUUUCAUUGAAAAAGAAUCGACAACACGGAAGUGUCAAGAUGGCUCCAAGCGGACUGAAGGCGUUAGUCGGAGAGAGUAAGUGAAAAAACUUGUCAAUUUUAUAAUUCUCAACUCUCUAAUGUUCGACGUUCCGCGGUAGAAAUCGUGCCUUUUUGAUACCAUCAUGCUUUUAGUUUGUUGUCACUAAAAUUAAGAACAUAAAACAUCCAAACAAACUGCCUGGCUAGUUAGCGAUACACAUAGCCUUCGUCACUCAAGCAAGUUGCUUCCUUAGUUGUACGCUAGUAAUGCCUGGACAUGGUAUAUUGCUUGCUGUCAUUAGGCUAUUUAAAAUAGAAAUAUAAAAUGUGACUGGGAAGGGUAUGCCUCAUCACUAGUAGUUGUAUUUCAAGUAGGCUCUAAAACUUGAAUGUUUUGCUGACUUUAUCAUGGAAGCUAUGAUGGGAACAAUAGGGCAAGUUGGGUGUAGCUAGUUGAUUGUGGGCUGUCUUGUGAUCAACCAUGCAUGUGAACGAAGACAAUGUGUACCUACUACCUGUGUAAGUUCAUUUUCCUUAGCCUUUUACUACCCAAUUAGUUACUGUUUGACACUGGCUAACAAACUCCAUCUGGGUCAACUUUAAGAGAUCUCUGUAAAAUAUGGAACCAGGAAAAAACAGAUUCCAGACCCUAGACUACUAUUGUCUAUUAACUUAUUUUUUGCCUCUUGCCAGGCCAUCAUUGUAAAUAAAAAUGUGUUCUUAAUUGACCCCCCCCCCCAGGUAAAAUAAACACCACUACUCAUUCUAAAUCUAAAAUGUAACAUAGUUGUUGGACAAAUUUCAGUUUUGUUACUGUAAUAUUUCAUUCUUCCUCUCAUUCCUCAUCUCUUAAGAAAUCCUGAAUGGAGUUAUCAAAAGUGUGAAGAAGGAUGGAGAAUGGAAGGUAUUGUAAAACAUUUUUUUGUGUUGCUCUGAAAAGAUUCAGGUCAAAAUACAUCAUGUCUGACUCUGUCAAAUUGUCAAUCAUAAUAGCCUAAAGAUCAAUUGAAUAUUAAUGAAUAACGCCCAUCUCUGUUUGUCCAGGUGCUCAUUGUGGACCACAUCAGCAUGCGAAUCCUGUCCUCCUGCUGCAAGAUGUCAGAUAUCAUGGCAGAGGGGGUGACUAGUAAGUGUUGGGAUGGCCAGUGGGCUAAGGCUACUUUUAUUUGUCAAUAACUAUUUAUUAUAUCAAGGGACACCCCAGGCAUCAUUUUAAGUAUACCUGGGUUCAAACAGUAUUUGUUUUCUUUCAAAUACUUAAGCUGCGCUCGACUGAGAUUGUCUGGUGCAAUGGAAUAAAUAAAUAAAUAAAUACUAUUUGAAUCCAGGUAUGGGUCAGAGUAUGAGGAGGUGAGAGUCUGUGGAGAUGUUCUUCAGUUAGGAUGCACAGUCCCUAACUGAUCUACCUUUUCCUACCCCAGUUGUGGAGGACAUCAACAAGCGCAGGGAGCCCAUCUCCAGCCUGGAGGCCAUUUAUCUGAUCUCCCCUUCAAAGAAGGUGAGAAGUGUGUUUCCCCUGCCAUUCCCCCUUUAACUAUGUCAUCAACUGCUAUAUCCUGUACUGCUGUAAAGCCAUCUUACGCUCUUUGUCUUCUUCUUUUUCUCUCACCUGUGCGUGUGCGCGUGUGGAAAUUCUCAGUCGGUUCAUGCUCUUAUCAAUGACUUCAAAGAGACGGCUUUCACCUACAAAGCGGCGCACAUCUUCUUCACAGACAGUAAGACCAUUUGUUUUAAAGUGUUAUAAAACUUCAUCAAAACUAUACUCUUCCAUCGUCUGAUACCAAAAAAUGUGGUGUUUUGUCAUUUUGGUCACGUCUCUCUUGAAAGGAGAUUCUAAAUCUUAAUGAGAUUAACCUUGUAAAAUCUCUAAAAGCAUGAAUAUAUUUUAAAAGAAUACAAAAUAACAGUUGGUUUUGUGCCAAUCACCUAUCCUGCAGAUUGCCCAGAUGCUCUGUUUGCUGAGAUUGGGAGGGCCAGAGUUGCCAGAGUCAUCAAGACUCUGAAGGAGAUCAACGUGGCUUUCCUGCCGUACGAGUCCCAGGUGGGUACCUACCUACAGCACCUUCUUUGAACUUCGCUCAACUCUGGUCCAAUGGCCAAAUUGCCGAAGGUCCAGUGAAGUAUCCAGUGACAUUGCCCAGUAAUUGUAGGCUGGCUGAGGGAAGGAGGUUCUCACCCAAGAUUUGACGGUACAUGGCCCGUCCAUCGUCCCUUUGAUGCGGUGAAGUUGUCCUGUCCCCUUAGCAGAAAACCACCCCCAAAGCAUAGUGUUUCCACCUCCAUGUUUGACGGUGGGGAUGGUGUUCUUGGGGACAUAGGCAGCAUUCCUCCUCCUCCAAACACGGCAAGUUGAGUUGAUGCCAAAGAGCUCUAUUUUGGUCUCAUCUGACCACAACACUUUCACCCAGUUCUCCUCUGCAUCAUUCAGAUGUUCAUUGGCAAACUUCAGAUGGGCAUGUAUAUGUGCUUUCUUGAGCAGGGGGACCUUGCGGCGCUGCAGGAUUUCAGUCCUUCACGGCGUAGUGUGUUACCAAUUGUUUUCUUGGUGACUAUGGUCCCAGCUGCCUUGAGAUCAUUGACAAGAUCCUCCCGUGUAGUUCUGGGCUGAUUCCUCACCGUUCUCAUGAUCAUUGCAACUCCACGAGGUGAGAUCUUGCAUGGAGCCCUAGGCUGAGGGAGAUUGACAGUUCUUUUGUGUUUCUUCCAUUUGCGAAUAAUCGCACCAACUGUUGUCACCUUCUCACCAAGCUGCUUGGCGAUGGUCUUGUAGCCCAUUCCAGCCUUGUGUAGGUCUACAAUCUUGUCCCUGACAUCCUUGGAGAGCUCUUUGGUCUUGGCCAUGGUGGAGAGUUUGGAAUCUGAUUGAUUGAUUGCUUCUGUGGAGAGGUGUCUUUUAUACAGGUAACAAACUGAGAUUAGGAGCACUCCCUUUAAGAGUGUGCUCCUAAUCUCAGCUCGUUACCUGUAUAAAAGACACCUGGGAGCCAGAAAUCUUUCUGAUUGAGAGGGGGUCAAAUACUUAUUUCCCUCAUUAAAAUGCAAACCAAUUUAUAACAUUUUUUACAUGCGUUUUGUUGUUGUUAUUCUAUCUCUCACUGUUCAAAUAAACCUACCAUUAAAAUUAUAGACUGAUCAUUUCUUUGUCAGUGGGCAAACAUACAAAAUCAGCAGGGGAUCAAAUACUUUUUUCCCUCACUGUAUCUCUAAUAUGGUCAUACAUUUGGCAGGAGGUUAGGAAGUGCAGCUCAGUUUCCACCUCAUUUUGUGGGCAGUGUGCACAUAGCCUGUCUUCUCUUGAAAGCCAGGUCUGCCUACGGCGGCCUUUCUCAAUAGCAAGACUAUGCUCACUGAGUCUGUACAUAGUCAAAGCUUUCCUUAGGUUUGGGUCAGUCACAGUGGUCAGGUAUUCUGCCACUGUGUACUCUCUGUUUAGAGCCAAAUAGCAUUCUAGUUUGCUCUGUUUUUUUGUUAAUUCUUUCCAAUGUGUCAAGUAAUUAUCUUUUUGUUUUCUCAUGGGUCUAGUUGUGUUGUUGUCUCGCUCUCUCGCUCUCUGUCUCUCUGUCUCACGCCCUUCCUGUCCCUUCUCUAUUCUAGGUAUUUUCCCUGGACGAUCCCAGCUCCCUGCACUCGUUCUACAGUCCAGUUGGAGAGGGGAAUAAAGACAGAAUGAUGGAGACUCUGGCAGAGCAGAUCGCCACCCUCUGUGACACCCUGAAGGAGUACCCUGCCAUCCGCUUCCACAGGUACCUAUACACUCCAUACCCUAACUUACAGACAGGUCUGAUAAAUACAGGCAUGAAGGUGCUACCAGAGGUUUCAGUGGGAGUUGGGUGCUCAUCUGAGUAAAUAGAUACUUUUAGUCCUCCAAUAGUGGGCAACACCCCAAAUGGAUCUUUUUCAAAGCUCAUCACACAGGUCUUACAUACAGAGCCUGUCUUCAAUGAUCACUUUCUCUUGGGUACUUGAGUGUCUUGCAAGUUAUAUGCCACUUACACUCUCUCUCUUUCUCUCUCUCCCUCUACCAUAGCGGUCCUGAGGAGAAUGCCAGACUGGCUGAGGAGGUGUAUCAGCGUCUGAACGCCCAUAAAGCAGACAACCCCAGCAUGGGAGAGGUGAGGAGAGGAGACGCCAACGCCUCACCACCUCUCACAAUACACAACACUUCUUUACGGUACUAAUAGUACCAUGUCUGCUUGGUUCAAAAUGACCGUUCACUCCCUACGCCAAUUGAAAAUACACUGCGUUGAAUGACUUCUAUCUGAAACCAUCAAAUGCUUUGUAUUUAUGAUACUAGGCUUAUGAUAUGGUUAUUGAAGCAUUUUGAAAGUGUUACAUCUAUGGGAGUUUCUCAUAGCUCCUUACUUUCUCACUUGAUUUCCUGUAAAUUAUCUUUCACACUCUCUACUGCUCGGCUACUUUUUCUCUCCUUUUCUGUCUUUCCUAGCUGGCAUUUCCUUAAGCCUGUGUUGGACCUUUGAAGGCAUGUAUUCAUUUGAUAUAAUUUAUCUUUCUGAUAUUAUCUUCUCCAUGGUCCUUCUGCCUCAGUACCCAGCACAGUAACACCAUUUUCACACUCGUGCAGAACCGUACUGUGCUGGCUUGGAUAUGUUUUUUUCACAACAAAAUAUCCACUGUGGUGUGUGCAUAAGCAGGCCAGCACAGUACAGUGUGAAAAGGGUAUUAGAAUACACAUGGCAUAGAUAUUUUCUUGUUAUUGUGAUGGUACUUUAGGAAAAAAAUUGAAUGUGUAAAUGGCUGGGGGAACAAAACUCUUCUGAAUGUGGUAAAGUCUGAUAGUGGCACUGACUGGGCGAUGUCUUGGUAAAACCUGUUACCCAAAAGCAUUCCUGACAUUGUAUUGUGGAGCUAGAGACAAUAGAUUUAAUCUAAAACAAUAUGCCCUGUCUGCCAAAGCAUUGAAGUGGUUAACUGGUCAUUACAAAGUGACAUUUCUAGGUAUAAUUUCUUGCCCUGACGUGAAAUGUCUGAUGUGUUUUCAGGGUCCUGACAAGGCCAGGUCUCAGCUGUUGAUUGUGGACCGUGGCUUUGACCCCAUCUCUCCCAUUCUGCACGAGCUGACUUUCCAGGCCAUGGUCUAUGACCUUCUGGACAUCAAACAGGACAUCUACAAGUAGGCUUAGUUUGGCAACCUAUUCCUAAUAUAGUGCACUACUUUUGACCAGGGCCCAUGAUGACCAUAUGGAAAAUGCUAAACAGACACUCCUGCAAACGAUACUUAAUUUCAGAAUUGGUAAAAUUUAGCUUAAGGUUAAGGGUCAGUUUUACAUUUUGGUUAGUCGUUUUACAGGUUAGGAGUGUCCUAAUAACCUUUCUCCUACCAUAUUAUUUGUGUUGUCAAUGUAGCUAUACAUAGUACCAAUGUAUACUUACGUACCAUACCAUCAGUAGAAGAAGGUAUCUGUCAUAUGGUAUCCCUGUAUAACGGCUGUUAUUGUGUGUGUUCUAGAUAUCAGACGACUGGGAUCGGGGACUCCAAGGAGAAGGAGGUUCUCCUGGACGAAGACGAUGAGCUGUGGGUCCAGCUGAGACACAUGCACAUAGCUGACGUCACCAAGUAAGACACACUAUCAUUAAGAUGACCUACAACUAGUGUUUUUAACUGAUCUAACCUCUAAUAAGAGAUUACAUGAUCCAGAGUUGUUUGAGGUAAGUUUAGUGUUCUAUUCAGGAAGUGAAUUGUAAAAAUGUAAUAUAAUGAAUUCUCUUUCUUGAAUUGAACACUGAAUUGAACCCAACCCUGGGAUAGUCUCUGUCAGAUGUUGCUCAUUGUUCGUGUUCCAGGAAAGUGACGGAGCUGCUGCGUGUGUUCUGUGAGAGCAAGAGGAUGUCCACUGAUAAGGCUAAUAUCAAAGACCUGUCUCAGAUGCUGAAGAAGAUGCCACAGUACCAGAAGGAACUCAGCUUGGUGGGUGUUCCUUGUCUUUCCAUCUAAAAUCAGUUGAUUGGUUGAGAUUGGCUUUCAUGACAUGUCUCUCCAGUGAUCACAUACUGUCAGCCUAAAUGUAAACCGAUGAUGUAUUCACUUUUAUAGCAUAUAGAUAAUCACCCAGAUUUUUUGGCAAAGACGUGGGCCAUGUUCCAAUGUGGGCCAUGUUUUCUCUCCCUGCUACGCUGAAAGCUUAGUGCAAGCUACUUUAUCCUAUUGUUCUCUGGAGUGAAUUUUACGCUCAAGGGGCGCGAGCCUGAUUUAAUUGAAAUGAAUAGGAGCGUAUUACCCUCUGCAAACGUUGCGCAUCCGGUGUAGCAGGCCACUUAUAAUGCAUGCCCAAUACAUUUCUUCAUUCUACAGUGCCUUCAGAAAGUAUUCACACCCCUUGACUUUUUCCACAUUUUGUUGUGUUACAGCCUGAAUUUAAAAUGGAUUAAAUGUAGAUUUUUUGUCACUGGUCUACAGACAAUACCCCAUAAUGUCAAAGUGGAAUUAUGUUUUUAGAAACUUUUACAAAUUAAUUAAAAAUCAAACGCUGAAAUGUCUUGAGUCAAUAAGUAUUCAACCCCGUGGUUAUGGCAAGCCUAAAUACGUUCAGGAGUAAAAAUCUGCUUAACAAGUCGCAUAAUAAGUUGCAUGGACUCACUUUGUGUGCAAUAAUAGUGUUUAUCAUGACUUUUGAAUGACUACCUCAUCUCUGUACCCCACACAUACAAUUAUCUGUAAGGUCCCUCAGUCGAGCAGUGAAUUUCAAACAGAGAUCCAACCACAAAGACCAGGGUGAUGUUCUAAUGCCUCGCAAAGAAGGGCACCUAUUGGUAGAUUUAAAAAUAUAUAUAUAUACUUUUUAAAAAAAAAAAUUUUUUAAAGCAGACACUGAAUAUCCCUUUGAGCAUGGUGAAGUUAUUAAUUACACUUUGGAUGGUGUAUCAAUACACCCAGUCACUACAAAAAUACAGGCGUCCUUCCUAACUCAGUUGCCGGAGAGGAAGGAAACCGCUCAGGGAUUUCACCAUGUUACAGAGACUGUGAUAGGAGAACUGAGGAUGGAUCAACAACAUUGUAAUUACUCCACAAUACUAACGUAAUUGACAGAGGGAGAAGAAGGAAGCCUGUACAGAACAAAAAUAUUCCAAAACAUGCAUCCUGUUUGGAACAAGUCACUAAAGUAAUACUGCAAAACAUUUUGCUAACCAAUUUACUUUUUGUCCUGAAUACAAAAAGUGUUAUAUUUGGGGCAAAUCCAAUGCAACACAUUACUGAGUACCACUCUCCAUAUUUUCAAGCAUAGUGGUGGCUGCAUCAUGUUAUAGGUAUCCCUGUAAUCGUUAAGGACUGGGGAAUUUUUCAGGAUUAUAAAAGAAGCAGAAUGGAACAAAGCACAGGCAAAAUCCUAGAGAAACUUGUUUCAGUCUGCUUUCCUCUAGACACUGGGAGAUGAAUUCACCUUUCAGCAGGACAAUAUCCUAAAACACAAGGCCAAAUCUACACUGGAGAAGACGGUGAAUGUUCCUGAGUGGCCAAGUUACAGUUUUGACUUAAAUCUACUUGAAAAUCUAUGGCAAGACCUGAAAAUGUUUGUCUAGCAAUGAUCAACUAUCAAUUUGACAGAGCUUGAAGAAUUGUUUUAAUAAUAAUGGGCAACUGUUGCACAAUCCAUGUGUGGAAAGCUCUGAGACUUACCCAGGAAGACUCACAGCUGUAUAAUCACUGCUAAAGGUACUUACAUUUACGUCAUUUAGCAGACGCUCUUAUCCAGAGCGACUUACAAAUUGGUGCAUUCACCUUAUGAUAGCCAGUGGGACAACCACUUUACCAAUUUUUUAUUUUAUUUUUUUGAGUAUAUUAUAGUUUUAUAUAGUUUUUAUAUAGUUUUAUAUAUUAUUAUUAUUUAAAAACAAUUGUGGGGUGGGGUGGGGGGGGGGGGGUAGAAUGAUUAUUUUAUACUAUCCCAGGUAUUCCUUAAAGAGGUAGGGUUUCAAGUGUCUCCGGAAGGUGGUCAGUGACUCCGCUGUCCUGGCGUCGUGAGGGAGCUUGUUCCACCAUUGGGGUGCCAGAGCAGCGAACAGUUUUGACUUCUACAAAGUAUUUACUCAGGGGUGUGAAUACUUGUGUAAAUGAGAUACUGUAUUUCAUUUUCCCAAAAAAAUCCAAAAUGUAUAAAAACAUGUUUUCAUUGUGUCAUUAUGGGGUAGUGUGUGUAGAUGGAUGAGAACUGCAAUUGAAUCCAUUUUGAAUUCAGGCUGUAACAACAAAGUGGAGUAUUAUGAUAGUGUGGAGUGAUGACAUCAACUUGUUAGAAGUGAAUAAGUAAUGCGUUUGUUUUGAUUUGCAGUACUCCACUCACCUGCAUCUGGCUGAGGCCUGCAUGAAGAAAUUCAAAGCCUCGGUUGACAAGCUGUGUGAGGUGGAACAGGUCAGUGUUGCUACAAAACAAGUCACAAAUGGCAGCCUAUUCUCUAUGUAGUGCACUACUUUUGACCAAGGCCCAUAGGGAUCUGAUCAAAAGUAGUGCGCUAUAUAGGGAAUAGGGUGCCGUCAAGCUCCCUCCCUCUCUUAUGAAACCAUAUGCAAAUGACCUGGCAGGUACACCCAGGAGCAUGUUUUUGAUUCUCUGAUGUGUAGACGCAGCCUGUUUUAUUCAACCUUUAUUUAACCAGCAAGACCCUUGAGAUGAAUCAUCUGUUUUUCGAGAGCGACCUAUAGCAUUUUAAUUAUAUGUUUGUAGGUUCUUUUGAUUUUUAUAUGUUUGUGUUCUAUGAUUUUCCCAUAUUUCCUGACAUCAUCCUUUCUACAGUGAAAUGUUUCUUUUCCCAAACCGAUAUCAUCCUCUUCCUUGUUUUCUAUAUAAUAUUUAAUAAUGUAAUAUUACCUUGAAUAAUCACAUCCCUGGUUGUAAGCCUUAGGUGGUUAAACCAUGAAUGACCAGGUCACCAUGAUAAUGUUGUGCUGUUGUGUAAUAUAUUUUAAUAUGUAGGAUUAUCGUAUCAUAUAAUAAGACUCCCACUCCCGCAUACUCACCCCAUCUAGCCUCCACUGGGGUGCUGAUCUCCCCACGCUCCCAUCUCUGUUUUUACCACUCUGUUGCUCUUAAAAGCUUCAUAGGCUGCUGCAUCCCAAAUGGCACCCUAUUCACUAGUGCACUACUUUUGAACAGAGCCCUAUGUGUCCUGGUCAAAAGUAGUGCACUAUAUAGGGAAUAGGGUGCCAUUUGAGACGCAGCCGUAGUGUGACGCUGUCUGGCGGCCUAGCCGGCAUCCACUUCACUCUGCUAUCUUUAUGUAGUAAUGUUGUGUAAAGGGCUUGAGAUGAGGCGCAUCUGGAUCAACUGUCCCUCUCUGAACCUACAGUAAUGCACAGGAAGCUGUUAUUAUGUCAUACCUAGUCUUUUAAAGACCAUUAAUGUUGCCAGGCUGUUAUUACUGCAUCCAUCCAUCAAUCCUACACCAUAAGGCAUCAUACAUCUCAGACUAUAACCCUUUCCUUGUUCCCAGAACAGCUCCUACUUUCUCCCUCAACACAUUUACUGCGUCCCAAAUGGCACCCUAUUCCCUAAUUUAGUGCAUUACUAAUAGCGUGCCUUUUGGGAUGCAAGCAUUGUUUUGGUCUUAAUGGUUCUAAUAGCUCCGCUCAAGUUUGUUUCAUAGUCUUUAAUAUAGUAGGUUUAGUGGUCGAUCAGUUGAGACAUACCUAGCAUGUCCAGGAGUGAUAUAAUCUGGGUAUGCUUGUGGGGUAAGGAUCUGAAGUGUUAAUGCACUGAUGUGUGACUAAGGGGGAAGACUUAAAGGCAUCAUUCUAUGAGUGUUGUUGAUUGUUGUUUUCCCCAUAUGUUUCUCAGGACCUGGCCAUGGGGACUGAUGUAGACGGGGAACCCCUGAAGGAUGCCAUGAAGAGCAUCGUCCCCGUACUCCUCAACACCGACAUCGACCCCUACGACAAGAUCCGCAUCAUACUGCUCUAUAUCUUCCACAAGAAGAAGGGUAGGUCAACAGAAUAGCGCUGGCUGCAUGAUCCCAAUCUCUGCUUUCUGUCAAUGCAUGGUCAAGAUCCACUCAGCAGGUACAGCUAAAUGAGUGUUUCUAAUAUGAUACCACACAGCUACUACUCUACCUAACUGCUAUUGAAAUGAAAUGAUAGCUUUCCUGAACAGCUCUAUAAGAUCAAUGAACUUGAUCACAUUUUUUGGUGUGGAUGUAUAUGUUUGUGGAUGUUGGCCUGAGGAGCAGAUGGGGAUCUUUUAGGUUGAGAGCUUGUGGUUACUGUUGAUCCCCGGGGGAUGACAACAGGCUAGCUAAUGAAGCAGUUUUGAUUCGGGUAAUUUGGUGAUGAGUCGUCACUCAUUCUCCAGCUCUACUCUGUAUAAUGGGGGUCUCGUAACACACAGGCAUUGGAGAGGAGAACCUGACCAAGUUAAUCCAGCAUGCCAAUGUGCAGGCAAACAGCAACAUCAUCACCAACCUACAGCACCUGGGCUGUCCCAUCAUCGCUGGGGUUAGUAAGGCUCUGUCUCUGUCCUGUGUCUGUCUCUGUCUGUUGCUCUCUCACACGUUUUUGGGCUGAACAAAUGCCUCUCUUUACAGUGAAGCCUUUUUUCCCUUGUUAUAUUUGAAGGAUGUGAAAUGUUGUGUUUCAGGCUCCCAAUGCUGGGAAAACACUGCCUGAGAAGAAAGAGCGCAAGGAGAGCACGUACCAGCUCUCCCGAUGGACACCCACCAUCAAAGACGUGAUGGAGGUAUGGAGGAGGAAAUGGAUAAACAGACAGUGUGGUAGAGGACAACCAGACCCGUUCCAUAUAGACCUGGUCGGACCCGGUCCGAUCCGAGUGAGGGAAGCAGCAGAAAAGUCCAUUUUUUAAGAUCCUUUAUUAACCGGAGCUGAUAAAGCGUGAGGGAGAGAGAGGUGCCGCUCUAGCAGGGGCCGUGCUGUGUGUGUACUCUGAGAGGGAGGGAGAGACGCCAAGCAGACUCGUGCUAUAGUAGACUAAUAGCUGCCAUAGCUAGGUUAUUUAUCAUUCAAUAUGGUUACGUAGUACCUGUCUUGACUGCAUCAAACCGGAAGCUAGUCUAAUUGAGGCUGCAUGCACUUCCUUGUCCUAACAACUCCAUUCAGAUUAUUAAGUAGCAGCCUACCUGUUGGCUCUUGGUCAUUGUAGCCUUUCGUUCUCCUUUAACAAUUAAUUUUAUCAUUUUAAUUCCAUUGAUUAGAUAUCGCCUAACUUUUGACCGACACGGAGGCUCUGACUGUAGCUUAUUGCUGCUUUGAUGACUUAUGAUUGGCCAACAACAAGCUCCAUGGGCCACUCUGGUGAAAAACAAGAGCAGCAGCAUAAAUUAUACAAUUUCUCCCUCCUGCAGCAGCCGCGUUCGGGUCUGUACGGGUGCUUCUGGACAAGUCGGUUAAAAUUGCAUAUACCCAUGACAAUAAUAUCAGAUAAGACCCGUGACAUAAUUUAGAAUUCUGGAUCCGUCUCGGGUAUUUGGGUAUAGGUGGAUCCGUGAACAGCUAACUGAAGACAGGACGGCCGGGCAGUUGAGUCUGUUUCGGCGGUAACAUGGACUCUAAACAAAGUGAUUGCUGAAACAAGCAACAAAAAACACCCCCCACAAUGCAGCAUCAGCACACAUAGAAAUAGAAUGAAUAGAAGUGGCUUGGAACAUAUAACCCUGGCAAUUUGACUGGUAAACUCAUGGGUACAUUCGCAAUGGCUUCCUGAUAUAGACCCAGUCGGUAUUAGAUUUAUGUCGCAACCCUCCCCGUCUGUGGGGAAGACAACCUGUGGUUACUCCAGUGGCUCACAGCAAAAACGUGACCUUUUUCAACCACAAUUUCCUUGUUUUAGUCAAUUACAAAACUACAUUUAAGAAAAGUACAUAUCUGAAGAUUACUUUUCAACAUUGACUGCUCUCUAGCGUUCUCACGACUUAGAAAAACAUAAGGCUUCCCACAUCCCCCUUUUCCGUCAUGACGAUGCUAGCUAGCAGCCACGUGAGUGAGUGAGUGCUAGCUACUGACCACAACAUUAAGCUAGCCAAGACCAACAACACAAACAAACGGACUAUACACAAAUCACCACACAUAUUGAUGGGUACACUUCCUGCUUUUACUUCCUGCUUUGCUUCUAUGGGUACACUCACAAUGGCUGCCAGUGUACCCAUUUAUGCCAUCAUUGACUUAAAUGGGGACACCCGUUCUAUUCAUUCUAUUUCUAUGGCAGCACAUGCAGUCAGGAGAGGAGAAAAUGUGCAUCUAAAAAAAAAAUGUAUUUCAUUAAAUGUUUUACUAUUUGAAAGGUUAUUACGAAGACCGCGGUCAUUUGGCUAGCCAAUUACUGUCAUCCAAAAAAUGACCGUCACAGCCCAAGUCUGACCAACCGUGUGUCUAUUUUUUCCAGAAUGCCAUCGAGGACAAGCUGGACAGGAAGCAGUGGCCGUUCAUCUCUGACCCUGCCCCCAUCAACACCAUGCAGACGACUGUCAGGUGUGUAUUCUGGAUACACCACGGGGUGGUGGAGCCACAGCAUGGAAGGGGGUGGGGCCGGACCGGGGACAGAGAAGGGGCAUGGCCUUAUAUGAGGCAGAUGGAUAACCAGGGUCACAUACAUUAACACUUUAGUCUCAGUUGUCAUCUUGAAAAUAGAGCUUUGCCGUAGUUACGUGUGCUGGAGAGGUGAAAAGUUAAAGUUGAUCCAAACUGCCUAUUAGACAGCUUGUGAAUAAUCUCCCCCGCCACAUACCAGGAGUUUUUUUUUUUUUUAGUUUGUUGAUAUAGCUUGUUCAUGUUGGACAGUGCAUUCGGAAAGUAUUCAGACCUCUGGACUUUUUCCACAUUUUGUUACAUUACAGCCUUAUUCUAAAAUGUAUUAUCAAAACAUUUUCCUCAUCAAUCUACACACAAUACCCCCAUAAGGACAAAGCAAAAACAGGUUUUUAGAAAUGUAAAAAACAGAAAUACCUUAUUUACGUAAGUAUUCAGACCCUUUGCUAUGAGUCUCGAAAUUGAGCUCAGGUGAAUCCUGUUUCCAUUGAUCAUUCUUGAGAUGUUUCUACAACUUGAUUGGAGUCCACCUGUGGUAAAUUCUAUUGAUUGGACAUGAUUUGGAAAGGCACACACCUGUCUAUAUAAGGUCCCACAGUUGACAGUGCAUGUCAGAGCAAAAACCAAGGAAUUGUGCGGAGAGCUCUAAGACAGGAUUGUGUCGAGGCACAGAUCUGGGGAAGUGAACCAAUAAUUAUCUGCAGCAUUGAAGAUCCCCAAUAAUACAGUGACCUCCAUCAUUCUUAAAUGGAAGAAGUUUGGAACCACCAAGACUCUUCCUAGAGCUGGCCGCCCAGCCAAACUGAGCAAUCGGGGGAGAAGGGCCUUGGUCAGGGAGGUGACCAAGAACCCAAUGGUCACUCUGACAGAGCUCCAGAGUUCCUCUGUGGAGAUGGGAGAACCUUCCAGAAGGACUACCAUCUCUGCAGCACUCCACCAAUCAGGCCUUUAUGGUAGGGUGGCCACUCCUCAGUAAAAGGCACAUGACAGCCCGCUUGGAGUUUGCCAAAAGGCACCUAAAGGACUCAGACUAUGAGAAACAAGAUUCUCUGGUCUGAUGAAACCAAGAUUGAACUCUUUGGUCUGAAUGCCAAGUGUCACAUCUGGAUAAACCUGGCACCAUCCUAUGGUAAAGCAUGGUUGUGGCAGCAUCAUGCUGUGGGGAUGUUUUUCAGCGGCAGGGACUGGGAGACUAGUCAGGAUCGAGGGAAAGUACAGAGAGAUUCUUGAUGAAAACCUGCUCCAGAGCGCUCAGGAAAAUAGCUGUGCAGCGACGCUCCCCAUCCAACCUGACAGAGCUUGAGAGGAUCUGCAGAGAAGAAUGGGAGAAACUCCCCAAAUACAGGUGUGCCAAGCUUGUAGCGUCAUACCCAAGAAGACUCGAGGCUGUAAUCGCUGACAAAGGUGCUUCAACAAAGUACUGAGUAAAUGGUCUGAAUACUUAUGUAAAUGUAUACAUUUUUGUAAAUAUACACUACCAGUCAAAAGUUUGGACAUACCUACUCAUUCAAGGGUUUUUCUUUGUUUUUACUAUUUUUUACAUUGUAGAAUAAUAAUGAAGACAUCAAAACUAUGAAAUAACACAUAUGGAAUCAUGUAGUAACCCAAAAAAAAUUGCCACCCUUUUGCCUUGAUGACAGCUUUGCACACUCUUGGCAUUCUCUCAACCAGCUUCACCUGGAAUGCUUUUCCAACAGUCUUGAAGGAGUUCCCACAUAUGCUGAGCACUUGUUGGCUGCUUUUCCUUCACUCUGCGGUCCGACUCAUCCCAAACCAUCUAAAUUGGGUUGAGGUCGGGGGAUUGUGGAGGCCAGGUCAUCUGAUGCAGCACUCCAUCACUCUCUCUCUUGGUAAAAUAGCCCUUACAUAGCCUGGAGGUGUGUUGGGUCAUUGUCCUGUUGAAAAACAAAUGAUAGUCCCGCUAAGCCCAAACCAGAUGGGAUGGCGUAUCGCUGCAGAAUGCUGUGGUAGCCAUGCUGGUUAAGUGUGCCUUGAAUUCUAAAUAAAUCACAGACAGUGUCACCAGCAAAGCACCCCCACACCAUAACACCACAUCCUCUGUGCUUUACGGUGGAACUACACAUGUGGAGAUCAUCCGUUCACCCUCACCGCGUCUCAGAAGACACGGCGGUUGGAUCCAAAAAUCUCCAAUUUGGACUACAGACCAAAGGACAAAUUUCCACCUGUCUGAUGUCCAUUGCUUGUGUUUCUUGGCCCAAACAGGUCUCUUCUUCUUAUUGGUGUCCUUUUAGUAGUGGUUUCUUUGCAGCAAUUCCACCAUGAAGGCCUGAUUCACACAGUCCCCUCUGAACAGUUGAUGUUGAGAUGUGUCUGUUACUUGAACUCUGUGAAGCAGGCUGGUAACUCUAAUGAACUUAUCCUCUGCAGCAGAGGUAACUCUGGGUCUUCCAUUCAUGUGGCAGUCCUCAUGAGAGCCAGUUUCAUCAUAGCGCUUGGUUUUUGUGACUGCACUUGAAGAAACUUUCAAAGUUCUUGAAUUUUUCCGUAUUGACUGACCAUGUCUUAAAGUAAUGAUGGACUGUCAUUUCUCUUUGCUUAUUUGAGCUGUGCUUGCCUUAAUAUGGACUUAAUAUGGACGCAUUAAGAAGGAAAGAAAUUCCACAAAUUAACUUUUAAGAAGGCACACUUGUUAAUUGAAAUGCAUUCCAGGUGACCACCUCAUGAAGCUGGUUGAGAGAAUGCCAAGAGUGUGCAAAGCUGUCAUCAAGGCAAAGGGUGGCUAUUUGAAGAAUCUCAAAUAUAAAAUAUGUUUAUUUGUUUAACACUGUUUUUGGUUACUACAUGAUUCCAUACGUGUUAUUUCAUAGUUUUGAUGUCUUCACUAUUAUUCUACAAUGUAGAAAAUUGUAAAAAAUUAAGAAAAACCCUUGAAUGAGUAUGUGGGUCCAAACUUUUGACUGGUGCUGUACAUUUGCUAACAUUUCUAAAAACCCGUUUUUGGUUUGUCCUUAUGGGGUAUUGUGUGUAGAUUGAUAAGGAAAAAAUAACAAUUUAAUCCAUUUUAGAAUAAGGCUAUAACGUAACAAAAUGUGGAAAAAGUCAAGGGGUCUGAAUACUUUCCGAAUGCACUGUAUAAGAGCUCAUCUGAAUCUCAUCUAUGGACAUAAUGGUGUCCCAAAUGGCACCUUAUUCCCUAUAUAGUGCACUACGUUUGACCAGAGCCACAGGGAAUAGGGGUCGAAAGUUGUGCACCAUAGGGUGCCGUUUGGGACGUACACAGACAACUUCCUUCCUGUUCCUGUUCAUAGAGCAAAGCACUUUUUGAGGGCAGGGUUUAAGUUCUUGAUAAAUUGUUUAUACACACACACACACACACACACACACACACAUCUUCAUGGAUGCGUCCUAAUUUGCACACUAUUCCCUUUAUAGUGCACUACUUUGGACCAGGGCCCAUGGGGCAUUGGUCAAAAGUAGAACACUAUAGGAAAUGGGGUCCCAUUUGGGACACACCUAUACAGAAAUAUAUGUUAUAGAGCAAGGACAUCAACAGCUGUUGUCAUAUUAAUGGAAUACAGAAGUGUUCAUCUGGUGAUGUAACUUUGAACGUACAGUGGGGGAAAAAAGUAUUUAGUCAGCCACCAAUUGUGCAAGUUCUCCCACUUAAAAAGAUGAGAGGCCUGUAAUUUUCAUCAUAGGUACACGUCAACUAUGACAUACAUUGAGAAAGAAAAAUCCAGAAAAUCACAUUGUAGGAUUUUUAAUGAAUUUAUUUGCUAAUUAUGGUGGAAAAUAAGUAUUUGGUCACCUACAAACAAGCAAGAUUUCUGGCUCUCACAGACCUGUAACUUCUUCUUUAAGAGGCUCCUCUGUCCUCCACUCGUUACCUGUAUUAAUGGCACCUGUUUGAACUUGUUAUCAGUAUAAAAGACACCUGUCCACAACCUCAAACAGUCACACUCCAAACUCCACUAUGGCCAAGACCAAAGAGCUGUCAAAGGACACCAGAAACAAAAUUGUAGACCUGCACCAGGCUGGAAAGACUGAAUCUGCAAUAAGUAAGCAGCUUGGUUUGAAGAAAUCAACUGUGGGAGCAAUUAUUAGGAAAUGGAAGACAUACAAGACCACUGAUAAUCUCCCUCGAUCUGGGGCUCCACGCAAGAUCUCACCCCGUGGGGUCAAAAUGAUCACAAGAGCGGUGAGCAAAAAUCCCAGAACCACACGGGGGGACCUAGUGAAUGACCUGCAGAGAGCUGGGACCAAAGUAACAAAGCCUACCAUCAGUAACACACUACGCCACCAGGGACUCAAAUCCUGCAGUGCCAGACGUGUCCCCCUGCUUAAGCCAGUACGUCCAGGCCCGUCUGAAGUUUGCUAGAGUGCAUUUGGAUGAUCCAGAAGAGGUUUGGGAGAAUGUCAUAUGGUCAGAUGAAACCAAAAUAGAACUUUUUGGUAAAAACUCAACUCGUCGUGUUUGGAGGACAAAGAAUGCUGAGUUGCAUCCAAAGAACACCAUACCUACUGUGAAGCAUGGGGGUGGAAACAUCAUGCUUUGGGGCUGUUUUUCUGCAAAGGGACCAGGACGACUGAUCAGUGUAAAGGAAAGAAUGAAUGGGGCCAUGUAUCGUGAGAUUUUGAGUGAAAACCUCCUUCCAUCAGCAAGGGCAUUGAAGAUGAAACGUGGCUGGGUCUUUCAGCAUGACAAUGAUCCCAAACACACCGCCCGGUCAAUGAAGGAGUGGCUUCGUAAGAAGCAUUUCAAGGUCCUGGAGUGGCCUAGCCAGUCUCCAGAUCUCAACCCCAUAGAAAAUCUUUGGAGGGAGUUGAAAGUCCAUGUUGCCCAGCGACAGCCCCAAAACAUCACUGCUCUAGAGGAGAUCUGCAUGGAGGAAUGGGCCAAAAUACCAGCAAAAGUGUGUGAACCUUGUGAAGACUUACAGAAAACGUUUGACCUGUGUCAUUGCCAACAAAGGGUAUAUAACAAAGUAUUGAGAAACUUUUGUUAUUGACCAAAUACGUAUUCUCCACCAUCAUUUGCAAAUAAAUUCAUAAAAAAUCCUACAAUGUGAUUUUCUGGAUUUCUUUUUCUCAUUUUGUCUGUCAUAGUUGACGUGUACCUAUGAUGAAAAUUACAGGCCUCUCAUCUUUUUAAGUGGGAGAACUUGCACAAUUGGUGGCUGACUAAAUACUUUUUUCCCCCACUGUAUAUCAACAUCCGGCAGCUGUUCUUUUAGGUGUAUAACUAUAUGUGUGGUGUGUGUGUGUGUGUGUUAUGCAGUUGCUUGGAUUAUUCACAUAGCAUAACUACAUAGCCCCUCGUUGAUUAUCCCGUACAUGUUAUAGACUUAGUAUAUUAUAACCCAAAAAUAAAAGUUGUUCUAUUUAAUUCUGUGCAUUAACCCUGGCCAGCCAUCUUGUCAAAUCAUAUUGUCGUGAGGCUUACCACCACCCACGUUAUCUAUUAUAUAAUCCAUCAUUGUGGGUAAUGGAUAUAUAUAUAUUAUUAUAAUUAAUAAAUAUAUAUAUAUAUAUUUAUUAUUAUUAUGAUCGUUGGAUAACUACAUAAUUACUAAUAUACAGUACAUCACAGGAGGCUGGUGAGCGGAAGAGGGGAGUGAAUGGAAUGGUAUCAAACACAUAAAAACGAUGUGUUUGAUAUCGUUCCAUGUAUCCCGUUCAUGCUAUUUACUAUGAGCACGCCCUCUCCAUUUAAAGUGCCACCAGUGAUGAAUGUUUUAUUUUACUGCAGCAGAUAAUUUAUACAUAAUUAGGAAUGUACGUGUUUUAUUUUGUUUACAUUUAUAUCAUACUGCAGCAGUGCUCGGUUCGGACAAUGGCACAAGAACAAGUCUCCAACGGAGUAUCGUUCCGGCCCUCGGCUCAUCAUCUUCAUGAUCGGAGGCGUGUCCCACUCCGAGAUGCGCUCCGCCUACGAGGUCACUCGAGCCACCGACGGAAAAUGGGAGGUCCUGAUUGGUAAGGAACACAAUAUUUGGACUGAACCUUAGUGUACACUUUUAUAUUUUAUUUAACCUUUUCUUUAACCAGCAAGCCAGUUGAAUUUUGUAUUUAUUUACAAUGACGACACACCAUGUACCCUCGUUUGGAAUUCCCCUGCUGGUGGCGCUAAAAGAUCCUACAGUUCCUUCAGAAAGUGUUCAUACCCCUUGACUUAUUCCACAUUUUGUUGUUUUACAGCCGGAAUUCAAAAUGGAUUUAUUUUUCUCUAGGCACAAUACCCCAUAAUGACAAGGUGAAAACAUGUUUUCAGACAUUUUCGCAAAUGUAUUGAAAUUAAAUGUAUAGAAAUAUGUAAUUUACGUAAGUAUUCACACCCCUGAGUCAAUACUUUGUAGAAGCACCUUACACCUCUGGGUAAGUCUCUAAGAGCUUUCCACACCUGGAUUGUGCAACAUUUGCCCAUUUUUAUUAUUUUCAAAUUCUUCAAGCUCUGUCAAAUUGGUUGGUGAUCAUUGCUAGACAACCAUUUUUAGGUCUUGCCAUAGAUUUUCAAGUAGAUUUAAGUCAAAACUGUAACUCGGCCACUCCGGAACAUUCACUGUCUUGGUAAGCAACUCCAGUGUAGAUCUGGCUUUGUGUUUUAGGUUAUUGUCCUGCUGUCAAGUUGAAGCAGACUGAACCAGGUUUUACACUAGGAUUUUGCCUCCUGUUAGCUCUGUUUCUUUUUUAUUCUGAAAAACACCCCAGUCCUUAACUAUUACAAGCAUACCCAUAACAUGAUGCAGCCACCAUUAUGCUUGAAAAUAUGGAGAGUUGUACUCAGUAAUGUGUUGUAUUGGAUUUCCCCCAAACAUAACACUUUUUGUAUUCAGGACAAAAAGUUAAUUGCUUUGCCACAUUCUUUCCAGUAUUACUUUAGUGUGUUGUUGUAAACAAGAUGCAUGUUUUGGAAUAUUUGUAUUCUGUACAGGCUUCCUUCUUUUCACUCUGUCAAUUAGGUUAGUAUUGUGGAGUAACUAUACUGAACAAAAAUAUAAAAGCAACAUGUAAAGUGUUGGUCCCAUAUUUCAUGAGCUGAAAUAGAAGAUCCCAGAAAUGUUCCAUAUGCACAAAAAGCUUAUUUCGCUAAACUUUUGUGCAUAAAUCUGUUUACACCCCUGUUAGUGAGCAUUUCUCCUUUGCCAAGAUAAUCUAUCCACCUGACAGAUGUGGCAUAUUGUGCACCUUGUGCUGGGGACAAUAAAAUGCCACUAAAAUGUGCAGUUUUGUCACAACACAAUGCCACGCAUCUACAAUUUUGAAGGAGCAUGCAGUUGGCAUGCUGACUGCAGGAAUGUCCACCAGAGCUUUUGCCAGAGAAUGCAAUGUUCAUUUCUCUACCAUAAGCCGCCAACAACAUCAUUUUAGAGAAUUUGUCAGUACGUCCAACCGGCCUCACAACCGCAGACCAUGUGUAACCACGUCAGGACCUCCACAUCCGGCUUCUUUAUCUGCGGGAUUGUCUGAGACCAGGCACCCUGACAGCUGAUAAAACUGAGGAGCAUUUCUGUCUCUAACAAAGCCCUUUUGUGGGGAAAAACUCAUUCUGAUUGGCUGGGCCUGGCUCCCAAGUGGGUGGGUCUAUGCUCUCCCAGGCCCAUCCAUGGCUGCGCCCAUGCCCUGUCGUGAAAUCCAUAGAUUAGGGCCUAAUUUAUUUAUUUCAAUUGACUGAUUUCCUUAUAUGAACUGUAUCUCAGUAAAAUCUUUGAAAUUGUUGAAUGUUGCGUUUAUUUUUAAUCAGUAUACAAUGUUGUUGUCUCUCCCGAGUGGCGCAGUGGUCUAAGGCACUGCAUCGCAGUGCUAGCUGUGCCACUAGAGAUCCUGGUUCGAAUCCAGGCUCUGUCGUAGCCGGCCGCGACCGGGAGACCCAUGGGGCGGCGCACAAUUGGCCCAGCGUCGUCCAGGGUAGGGGAGGGAAUGGCCGGCAGGGGAUGUAGCUCAGUUGGUAGAGCAUGGCGUUUGCAACGCCAGGGUUGUGGGUUCGAUAAAAUAAUGUAUGUGCUAACUGUAAGUCGCUCUGGAUAAGAGCAUCUCCUAAAUGACUAAAAUGUAAUGUAAAAUGUUGUUGAUCCAUCCUCAAUUUUAUCCUAUCACAGCCAUUCAACUCUAACUGUUUAAAGGUCACCAUUGGCCUCAUGGUGAAAUUCCUGAGCGGUUUCCUUCCUCUUCGGCAACUGAAUUAGGAAGGACGCCUUUAUCUUUGUAGUGACUGGGUGUAUUGAUACACCAUCCAAAGUGUAAUUAAUAACUUCACCAUGCUCAAAGGGAUCUCUGCUUUUAAUUUUUUUACCCGUCUACCAAUAUGUCCCUUUCUUUGCGAGGCAUUGGAGAAUCUCCCUGGUCUUUGUGGUUGAAUAUGUGUUUGAAAUUCACUGCUCGACUGAGGGACCUUACAGAUAAUUGUAUGUGUGGGGUACAGAGAUGAGGUAGUCAUUCAAAAAUCAUGUUAAACACUAUUGCACACAGUGUGAAUCCAUGCAACUUAUUAUGUGACUUGUUAAGCACAUUUUUACUCCUGAACUUAUUUAGGUUUUCCAUAACAAAGGGGUUGAAUACUUAUUGACUCAAGACAUUUGAGCUUAAAUGUUUUUAUUAAUUUGUAAACAUAAAAAAACAUAAUUCCACUUUGACAUUAUGGGGUAUUGUCUGUAGACCAGUGACAAAAAAUCUCUAAAUUCAGACUGUAACACAACAAAAUGUGGGAAAAGUCAAUACUUUUUGAAGGCACUGUAUAUCCCCCAGCAUGUAUGUUUCUUUAAUGUUGAUGCGCUGCUAAGUCUGUCUCUCACCAUACAUUUUCAUCAUGAAUCUUCACUGUGAAUGUAAGCAUCUUUGGGUUUCAGAAAAGCGCUAUAUAAGUACUAUAGUAUUUGUCUGUUCCUCUCCUCUCUAUAGGUUCGUCUCACAUUGUCACUCCCACCAGCUUCCUAAAUGACCUGAAGAAGCUGGACCUGGUUCCAACUCCUGAAAGCUAGAUAUAACCCUCCCUUCUCUCCUCGGCCUGGAAGGGAGCUGGUCUGAGUCUGCUGGGAGAAUGGCUCUGAACACAAACCUGGAUUCAAAUUGUGUUUUUUCUUUCAAAUAAGUUGAGAGUUUUGAUUAAGUCUGCCGGGAGUACCAGACCAGUGGGAUUUGCAGUUUGUACUUUUAGGACUAUUCCAGUGGUUCCAUUGGGUUAGACAAGCUCAAUUAAGCACACUUAAAGUAUUUGAAAGAAAACAAAUACUAUUUGAACCCAGGUCUGCUCUUAACGGAGUUGUUCAUUAUGAGAUGCUUGUGUACUCUUCUAAUGUUGCACAGUUUGAGACAGCUGUAAAACAUAAAGUGCCAUUUUAAGAUGUAGUCAUCAUUAAAGGAUAGUAUCUUGUAUUUUCAGUCUUUUAUCGAAUUUAUUUUAUUUUAAUUAUGCUUGAAGCAAAAAAAAAUAUGUAGAUACGUAUUAAUAUAAUGCUGUGAUGGAAAUUUUUUGCUCUGAAUAUUUAAUUAAAACAGUCUAUAUUAUGAAGAUUAUUUGAAUCGGUCUCUGUCUUCUACUGUAAUUGAGUUACAAAUAUGUGAAUCAUCAUUAUACUUUUCUCAACAUUUCCCUUUUCCCUUUUAUCUGUUUAUCUAUGUAGUAGUACCAUCCCUGUUCAACAAUACUCGUCUACAACUUUAUACCCAGAAUUCAUUACAUAUUUUGAUAUAUUGCCUGUUCUUUCAUUCUCCAGAUCAGCAUGAAGGUCAUUUUUUUUCUCCCCAAUGCUUGUAGGUAUUUAUAUGAAGGAUGCAGGAAAUUAGUGACUGCUGUACACCAAAGAACCUUGGGCUGCAUCUCAACAGUCUAAAGUGGCUUCCUCUCCUUCUGUCCUGUCAGUGCAAAUGAAUGAAAGGAGAUAAGGAGCAGUGGCCUCUUUAGACUAUUGAGAUGCAACCUUUGUGUUGGGACCAUUAAAUACUUGUGUGCCUUUCCCGAGUUACAUUUAUUGUUUUCAUCUGUCUGAAUGUCUUUACUACUGUAGUGUGUCUUCCUCUGAAAUCAUGCACUUUUAUAAUAUACGUUUUAUAAAGGAAGGGAUGAAGUGUGGUUGUUUGGGCUUUUGUUGUCUUUGUAUUUUGGUCAAAAUUAUGAAUAAACAAUAUGCUUAUCCUCACCUCUUAAUAUUGCAUUAUGUCUCAGUCUGAAUAGCAAAUAUCUGUCCCCCUUCAAAAAUAAAUAGGGUUUAAUGUGU